AGAACAGAUGAGAUCAUAUCAGGGGGACAUUUUCUUUUGCUCUUUCAGAAAAUCCCGGUUUCUGUUAAGACUGAAAUCUUUUAACUAACGUAUAACCGAAGGGCGGAGCCAUUAUCCUGAUAUGUUAAGUUGGUUAUCAGCUUCAAAUGACGCUUGCUUAUGAAGUUCUCAACUGCAUUACGUUUCCUCCACCUUUUCGUCACAUUGGCAUGGCUCGGAACAAACAGGAGCGCAGGUCUUCACAAACACCAUGUAAAGCGACUACUAAACCAAGUUGUAGUUAAUAUUAAAGGACAACGAAGCAACCUUGUCAUCGAAAACGACGUGGAUAAUUUAAUUCAUGGAACUAAACAGGAAAAAGGUCCCAAAGUCGACAGAGUGCAGAGUUGGAAGACCAACCAAAACAAACGCCACCUGCUGACAAACAAUGCCGGUAAUAAAAUACCUUGCCAAGGACAGUUGUGCUUACAGAACACGACAGAUGUUUCUCAUGCCUUCACUAUUAAAAGUAAUUUGGGUAAAAAGCUUAGUCGCCAUCGCAGAAGAGAGUCAGCUUUCUUGACCAAAGCACUUGACAUGUUGGAUCAUGCAAAGCCACGCGAAUCAUGGAACUUUGCUACUCGCGCAACGGCCAAUAAGCCAUUUAAGCCAAUAAGUUCUGUUACAGACACAAGUAAAGGAAGUAUCAAAAAUGCUACACUUGUUAACAAGCCUCUCAAAACCCAAUCAGGAGAGAAAAGACAACAGUGGUCGGACACAAAUGGUGAUAUGAGACCUCGGUUCUUUUUCAAUAGUGCACCAGCAGAAUAUGUAGAACAGAAACCACCGUCUUUGCACAGAACUGAACACGCAUCAAUUCAUUUAGGAUCGCCUCAAACGUCCAGAGGGGGACCUCAUGUCCCUGGACCUUUCCACAGGAUGGCGAAAUUGUCCCAAAGAGCCAAUAAUCGCUUUCAUAUGACGAGGCAUCCGGACCAUCUCUCUCCAUUUCCUGUUACUCUCGUCGGCAAUCCACUAACACACCACGUUUCCGCACCGCCACAUUUCAAUCAUCAUACACGUCCGCAUCAUUUUGGUCCACCUCCCUAUGCUAUUCAUAUCAAUGCACCACCUAGAAUAGAGCCGCCACCCUCACCUCUACCUGAUUCUCCUUCCAUUCCUCCAGAUAUUUUUACUGAGCCAAUGCAGUCCUUAAAUUCUCCACUAGGAAUCGAAAAUCGGCCUCCCGAUGUCCCCGUAAUGCCACCUCCUAACAUUCCUUUUCAGACACCCCCUCCAAUGAAUGUACCGGAUGGAGUAGAAACAAUUCCUCCAGGCGUUCAAGUUAUGCCGCCUGAAGGAAUGCCAAUACAAUCCCCUCCUCCUAACAUGGAAGGGAUCGCUCCACCGGAAGACUUAACACCCAUUGUACCCCCACACCCUCCCCUAGGAAUAGAACCAUCACUUUCACCUCCCCACAUCCACACGAUGCCUCCCCCAUAUCAUCCAAUGAAUGCGCCAAUCGGAGCAGAAAAUGACUUCCACAUGAUGUCACCUGAAGGAAUGCCCGUGUCUCCACCUAUUAAUCUGCAGGGGAUGCCUCCGCCUGGGGCAUUUAUGUCACCCCAACAUGAAGUUCAGCGAGUCCCGUUUCCUGUACCAGUUCCAUUCCCACCUAAAGUGCAACAUGUACCAUAUCCCGUUCCAGUACCAGGUCCACCAUCUAUUCAGCCUGUAAUGGUUCCAGUGAGAGUACCGUCGCCACCUAAGAUCCAGCAGGUGGCUGUCCCAGUGGAGUCUCCUCCAAAGAUUCACAAUGUUCCUGUUCCCGUCCCAGUGGCCGUUCCAUCGCCCCCACAAGUUAAACAUGUCCCCUAUCCAGUCGCCUACCCCGUCAAGGAACCAGGAGAAAUUCAAAAAAUAUUUUAUCCAAUAGCAGUUCCUCAACCAUCGCACAUUCACAACGUUCCAUUUCCUGUUUAUAUCAGGUAUCCCCCUGAGAUAAGAAGAGUUCCCUAUGCUGUACCUUCUCCUCCAAAGCCAUAUCCAGUACCUGUGCCUUCGCCACCGCAUUUGGUGAUUCAUCGAGUUCCAUAUCCUGUAAUGUUUCCCCAGAAAGUUCCCUACCCGAUUCCAGUUGUUGUACAACAUCACCACAUCCACGACGAGGUGGCCAUUGGGAGAGAGGCCAUAAGUAAUGGCCAGUGCUUGGUGAACCUUUGCCUCAAUGGAGGAACAUGCUCUGCUUAUAUGAGCACUUACCGGUGCCACUGUCCAAGUGGAUUUCAAGGAAAACACUGUGAAGAGCAAAACAUGUGUAAGCCUAAUCCUUGCAAAAACUUUGGAGUUUGUUCGCAAGUUGAGCAUGACUACGAAUGUACGUGCAGUAGAGGCUUUAUUGGAAAGAACUGCGACAAACCAGACCCUUGUGUCCCUUCUCCUUGUCAAAAUGGAGCCACUUGUUCAUCUGAUGGGUCAUCGUACUCAUGUACGUGUAAAAUGGGUUGGAUGGGACUGAAUUGCCAAGUUGAGUCUAAAUGCCUUCCAAUAAACCCGUGCCAAAAUGGUGGAACGUGUACUGAGGCUCAUGGAGCGUACCAGUGUGACUGCUCCCCUGGCUGGAGUGGAUUAAGCUGUGAAGUUUCCGCUCCUGAAACUCUCCACCCAACAGUUCUCUGUGAUAACUGCCACACGUCGGAUCACUUUCUGGAGGAAAGAAAUAAACUACGUCAUAAACUGUCCAGCGUUAAGAAAUGGAAAGUUGCAAAGGGAUAACCAAAAGUUUCAGAACAGGAUCCUGUGACAUUGAAGAUUGAUGAGAGAAGCAAGCUUCUUGCUGGUUCAAGACCGUGUAGUUUUCAUUAAAGAUGACAAUUUGCUAGAUAUGUUUCUUGCCGUUUCUAACGCGACCACAGCUUACUAAGAGGGCUAGCUUUAAAAUCGAUUUAGAAAUAACAUUAUGUUUUUUUGGAACUUUAGGAAAACAUUAGGCGUUUCUAAAUCUCGCGUAAUCAGCUGUAAUGAAUGGUCGUCUGAAGAACGGUAUUUUACAUGUAUUCAUCUAGUAAUCUACCAAUCAGAAGCCUUCUGUUAUGUAAAUAUAUAAAAUGCAUCACAAGUAUGUUUCUUCAUAUUAUUAUAUCUCUCAGUUAGUACGGGCGCUGUGAUUGGUCAAUUUAGCAGGCCGUAUUCUCCUGUACGGCCCGCUUAAGAUUGUUUUUUAUUUGCCAAACUGUUGCUUGAUUUUAUCGUCAAGUGUUCUUAACUUUUAUAGCAAGUAAAAGUUUAAAACUUUCUUUUACUGUAAAUUGUUUAUUAAAGUGUGCUUACGACUUAGAAACGAUUUCAAUUUGGCUCGUUUUGCUUUCGAGGCACGUCGUGUGAAUAGAAAUCGUUCCCGAACCCCGCAGGUUCACAGUAGAGAUACAAUAAAUAUCUUACUGACCUCGUCUUCUCGGUCCGUACUGUAAGCUACGGAUCCUCGUUUUUUCCCGAAUAUAAAUCGACGGGGAAAAAAACCUCGGUCCGUAACUUACAGUGCGGACCUCGAACUCGGUUAGUAAGAGGUAUACAUUUGUGAGCCUUCCCCACUCGCCUGCCUCGCUCUCUUCGCUCGCCUAAUUCUUUAUUUCGCGCUCAUCCGCUCGCUUCGCACGCCGAAUUUUUUUCGCCCUGGCCGGGAGCCUGUUCGUAGGCUAUACCGCUGUAGGAGGCAACGUAUAUACAGUUUACGUCAUAACGGUGUACGGGGUUUUAUUCAUGAGUUGUUUGUGUCAAAAACCCGAACGAGCGAGGUACGAGCGAGUGAGGGCUUUUGACACCGACAACAAUGAGUGAAUAAAACCCGGUCCAAAGCACUUUCUAUGUCAUGAGCUGUUUAUUACACAUAACAAGAUAAUAUUUCAUAAGCCCGGACAGGAUCUCUUUCACUGCCAACGACAGCAAACAUUUUUGGCUUUACAGUACAAGAGUCUUUUGGAUCAGCGCCUGUUCGUGUCUUCGUCUGUCUUUCGUUAUACUCUAGAAAUGCUGUUCCGUCCGCUCUUUCUUUAGUCUUUCGGAACUCCUUUCCUUUCAUGAUGGUCGAGGAAUAGUCUUUCUUUCUUACAUAACGAUCAAAGCUUGAAACAAAAGACCUGAACGAUGUGGGCUGUUAUUGUUCCCCGUCUUUCUUUCGAACUUGAAGUAGGAAAUUGGCGAUUAACAGGUUGAGAUAUUUUGCAUCAAUAUUUUUAAUAUCUCUCAGAUCGUUCCUUGAAACUAAAAAUUUUUUGAGCAACGAGACAUCUCUCUAUGUUUUGCUUAAUGUGUUCUUGUUUUCUUGAUGCUGUACAAACUCGUCUAGGGAGCAAACAACCGACACAAAUCCAGAGCUUUCCUCCGCCUUCGCCAUUUUCGCAGGAAAAAUUUGGAGGAAGCGCUGCUAAAAAGCCGCCAAAUCUGGAAAA